AUGCCGUUCACGAUGACGGAAGGGGGGUUCGGUGUGGGGGACUAUGUGGCUUUCGGCCUCCUCUGCACGGCUUCUUGCGCUGGUGGUGUCUGGUACAGCGCGAUCGGCUCCAGGUCAAAGGCUGUGGUCGAUAUAAGAGAUUACUUACUAGGCGGAAAGGCAAUGUCCACAUUCCCAGUGGCUAUGUCUCUUAUAGCUAGUUACGUGUCCGGCGUAACGAUACUGGGGACUCCCGCCGAGAUCUACAACUACGGCAGCCAAUACUGGCUGGUUAUUGUUGGUGUUACCCUGAGCUGUAUCGUCGUGGCGUCCAUUUAUCUCCCAGUGUUCUGCACGUUAAGGCUAUCGUCGUCAUACGAGUAUUUGGAAUUACGGUUCAAUCGACACGUACGUGCUGUGGCAUCCAUUUUGUUUUUAUUGGACGAGGUAUUGUUCCUACCUAUGGUCGUUUACGUUCCUGCUUUAGCAUUUAAUCAAUUGACAGGGUUUAACGUAUUCGCCGUUGGUGGCGUCAUGGUGGCAAUAUGUGGUCUUUACACGGUCUUGGGUGGUCUUCGUGCGGUGGUGUGGACGGAUUCGGUGCAGACCGGCGUAAUGUUCAUAGGCGUUGUACUCGUCGCGGCGGCUGGGACCAUCGCCGUCGGCGGAUUUCGAACCGUUCUGAACGUCACCAGCGAAUCCGGCAGGCUUGAUUUGUCCAACUGGAGCUUCUCCCCAUACGAGCGACAGUCAGGUUGGGGCGUCGUGUUCGGGGGCUUCCUGUAUUGGACCUGCUUCAAUUCCGUUAACCAGACAAUGGUACAACGGUACAUCUCGUUGCCGUCGAAGAAGGAGGCUGUUUCCGCCUUAGCGAUAUUCUGCACGGGCGCGAUCCUGGCGAUAUCCCUGUGCGUGUGGUGCGGGCUGGCGGCGUGGACGGCGUGGGUGAGCGGCGGUUGCUUGAGCGGCGGCGAGCCCCCCGUCGACGACAGACUGCUGCCGGCUUUCGUCACCUACGUGUCCAGGGUGCAGCACUUACCGGGCCUGGCGGGGGUCUUCCUCGCGGGAGUCUUCGGUGCCGGCCUUAGCUCGCUAUCGGCGGUGCUGAACGCGUGCGCGCUAGUUGCGGUCGAGGACAUAAUGCACGGCUGGUUAAGGUUGCAGCUGAAGCCACUCACCGAGGGCAUCCUUGCUCGCACCGUGACCGCCACUCUUGCCCUCGCGUCACUACUCAUGCUCAUCGUUAUAGAGAAGCUCGGCGGUGUUCUGGGCGUAGCGACCGCGCUAUCGGCGAUCGCCGCUAGUUCCACUUGCGGAAUGUUCACCCUUGGAAUGGUCUGCUGGUGGGUGGGGCCGCGUGGGGCGGUGGCGGGCGCGGUGGCCGGUGCCGUGGUGGCGGGCACGGUCACGUUCGGCACCCAAGCGGCGGCGGCCCGCGGACUGCGCGCCCCACCGCUCGACUACGCGAUGCAGUGCACAAACGGCACGUCCCAGCAGAUGGCACUACUGGACCCGCAGCUGGUGUUCCCGCUGUUCCGCGUCUCGUACCACUGGAUCGCGCCGCUGGGCCUGGCCGCCACGCUGUCCGUGGGCGCGGCCGUCGGCUGGCUGCUGGACGCGCCGCGCUCGGUGCCGCUGGACGCGGAGCUGUUCACGCCGGCGGUGUGGGCGCUGCUGCCGGCCGCCGCGCACGAGCGGAAGGGCGCCUCGCGCAGGCGGGCGCGCGACGACGCGCCGGCGCCCUCCUCGCCCCUCAUGCUCGCCCAGCUGGACAAGGUAGAAACAAAUGGGGAAACAAGCAGG